AUGUCGAUCUUUGGCCAGGCCAAGACCAGCAGCGCCUGGGGCCAGCAACCGACCAUGUCGACACCAACCGCACAGCAGACCAGCAAUCCUUUCGGCCAAACGCUGGGAGGCAUGCAGCAGCGAUCCAAUCUCGUCAACAGCAUGGCAUCGCCGCCUCAGCAGACACAGCAAAUGCCAGCGCUGUCACAGUCGCAGGCGCAGCUGUCCAGCUCGCUGUGGCAGCCGGGCAAGGAGACUCCUCGUACGUGGGCAUCUUCUCCAAAGCUAUACGCAAACACGGAUCAGAAACCCAUCCUCGAACAAAUGAAGCUCGUGACGGAGAAGUGGGAUGCGGCGAACCCCAGCUGCGUGUUCAAGCACUACUUCUACAACAUGGUGGAAGAGGCAAAGAUUCCAUUUUACCAGCCGCAGCCGUACGAGGACCCGCGGGAGUGGGAGGAGGCGCUGCAGAACAAGCCGGCGCCCAACUUUAUGCCGGCGCUCUGCUCCGGGUACACGGGUGUGGCGGACCGGCUCACGGCGCAGAAGCGGGCCAUUGGCGAUUUCAGCGCGCGGCUGCACCAGAUCAACGGCAGCAUAGACCUUCUCCUGCAGCGGCACGAGCUGGACACGGAGGUGCGGGCGCUGGCGGCGCGGCGACGGCAGGCGGCGAUUCACGCGCGGUGCCUGGCGCUGGCGGCGCGGGUGCAGAUCCUGCGCAACCGCGGCUACGCGUUGAGCGGCGACGAGGACGACCUCAACCGCCGCCUGCAGAAGCUGGAGCGCGAGGUGCAGGACCCGGCCGUCGGGGCGCGCGAGGAGGAGCUCUGGAGCCGCCUCAUUGUGCUGCGCGGCUACUCGGACCGCCUGAACAAGGAGAUGGGCAAGCCGGCGGCCGAGGGCGGCGAGCUGGACGAGGAGACACAGACCAAGGCCAAACGGAUUUUGCAAGAUUACGAGAAGCAGCUCAAUCAUCUGAAGAAGGAGGUCGAGUCUUUGAGUGCAGACUACGCAGAAUGGGAGCAGAGCCGCAGCUCCAACAUGCGGACGAGAUAG